AGCACUUCCACUUGACCAACGAUUCUGCUCGGAGCAAAGGAACUGCGACAAAGGGGACAGGUAGAAUGCUUGUAUUGAAGCCAUCUAUCUAAACAAACACUAUGAAAAAUAUGGUUGCACCUCAACUCUCCGAUCUCUUCAUCUUCUUCAAUCUUGCACAGACACACAGCACAUUCAACAGCUUCCUCGUCCACCUGCAGCUUUCUUGUCCUUAGUUCUUGUUUGAUUUCUGUCGUGUAUGGGAUUGGGAGGUCAAGAUUAUGGGGGAGAGUGAGGCGAAGCAAGAAGUCGAAUAUCCAUUUCAAAUGGGUAGCGAUGGUAAGCACAUAAGAUAACAUGAUUGAUUGGCGAGAAAACUUGGAAGAUAUGUGUCCUAAUUCUUAACAACCUGGACUGGGAGAACACUUUUUGAUUGGUGGAGAUGCCAGCAGGUAUUUAUAGAGAGGAGAUAUGUCGAAGAGAGCUUUGAGGGAAGGGCAGAACAACAGUUCUUUAGUUUAUGAUAAGGUAAGGAAGGUUAAAAACGUGCAGUACUGUGGGAAUUGGGACUUAGAAAACUAUGCCAACAACCGGUACCAUGUCCACAUACUUGUGCUGGACAAUGACCCACCCAGCAGCCCACUAUACCCUCCCCUUUUGUUUCAAAUGGAACUCCCGCAGCAGCCUUCUAUUAUUUCUUAUUUCUGCAGCAGUUUCCAACGGGUUGAGCUUCCAGUCACAAAAUGAGAAAACACAUCCCUGCACUUUAUUCUUUACCCAGAAAAAAAUCUUUACCUGAAUUAUUUCCAAUAACUCAUCCCUUGGUAU